AGAUAAAGCAUUUCCUUCCAUUGUCAUCCUACCCGGCCGGCCGGGCUGCCAGGGCCCUCCCCCUGCCGGCCCCCUCCCUUCCUCUCGCCGUCUCACAGUCGCUCUGCAGCCUCCGGCGACUGGGGGGAUGUGAGGCCGGCGCCCCAGCCCCCCGCCCCGCCAUGAGCCCCCCGCUCUGAGGGCCCCGGCCCCUGGAUGCACAGCCCCAGCGCUGAUGGGACCCAGGUGAGUCCGGGUGCCCACUGUCCCAGGCCCCCUGGCACAGGCUGCCCCAAACCCCGUGCAGACACUCCAGGCCCUCAGCCCCAGCCCAUGGACCUGCGGGUAGGCCAGCGGCCCACGGUGGAGCCCCCACCAGAGCCCACGCUGCUGGCCCUGCAGCGUCCCCAGCGCCUGCACCGUCACCUCUUCCUGGCAGGCCUGCAGCAGCAUCACUCGGCAGAGCCCAUGAGGCUCUCCAUGGACACGCCAAUGACCGAGUUGCAGGGCGGGCAGCAGGAUCAAGAGCUGCGGCAGCUUCUCAACAAGGACAAAAGCAAGCGAAGUGCCGUAGCCAGCAGUGUAGUCAAGCAGAAGCUGGCAGAGGUGAUUCUGAAGAAGCAGCAGGCAGCCCUAGAGAGAACAGGCCACCCCAAUAGCCCCAGCAUCCCCUACAGAACUCUUGAGCCCUUGGAGACAGAAGGAGCCGCCUGCUCCAUGCUCAGCAGCUUUCUGCCUCCUGUGCCCAGCCUGCCCAGUGACCCCCCAGAGCACUUCCCCCUGCGCAAGACAGUCUCUGAGCCCAACCUGAAACUGCGCUACAAGCCCAAGAAGUCUCUGGAGCGCAGGAAGAAUCCGCUGCUCAGGAAGGAGAGUGCGCCACCCAGCCUCCGGCGGCGGCCUGCAGAAACCCUGGGAGACUCCUCCCCCAGUAGUAGCAGCACACCCGUGUCAGGGUGCAGCUCCCCCAAUGACAGCGAACAUGGCCCUAACCCUGUCCUGGGCUCGGAGGUUGAUGGUGAUCGCAGGACCCAUCCAACUCUGGGCCCUCGGGGGCCGGUCCUGGGGAGCCCCCAUGCUCCCCUCUUCCUGCCCCAUGGCCUGGAGGCCGAGGCUGGGGGCGCCUUGCCCUCUCGCCUGCAGCCCAUUCUCCUCCUGGACCCCUCAGUCUCUCAUGCCUCCCUGCUGACUGUGCCUGGGUUUGGGCACGUGCCCUUCCACUUUGCCCAGUCCUUACUGACCACCGAGCGGCUCUCCGGGUCAGGCCUCCACCGGCCGCUGAGCCGGACUCGUUCAGAGCCCCUGCCCCCCAGUGCCACCACCCCUCUACUGCUGGGCCCCCUGCAGCCUGGCCAGGAGCGACUCAAACCUCACAUCCAGCUGAUCAAGAGGCCAGCCAAGCCGAGUGAGAAGCCCCGACUGCGGCAGAUACCCUCAGCUGAGGACCUCGAGACGGAUGGGGGCGCAGUGGGGCAGCUGCAAGACGACGGCCCGGAGCACAGGGAGUUGAGCCAUGCGCAGCCCGAAGCCAGAGGCCCUUUUCCUCUCCAGCAGCACCCGCAGGUGUUGCUCUGGGAACAGCAGCGACUGGCCGGGCGGCUCCACCCGGGAAGCACCGGGGACUCUCUGCUGCUUCCUCUGGCUCAGGGCGGACACCGGCCCCUGUCCAGGACUCAGUCUUCCCCAGCCGCGUCUGCCUCACUGUCAACCUCAGAGCCUGCCAGCCAGGCCCGCGUCCUCUCCAGCUCAGAGACCCCUGCCGGGACCCCACGCUUCACCACAGGGCUGGUCUAUGACUCAGCGAUGCUGAAGCACCAGUGCUCCUGCGGGGACAACAGCAGGCACCCAGAGCACGCCGGCCGUAUCCAGAGCAUCUGGUCCCGGCUGCAGGAGCGGGGGCUCCGGAGCCAGUGUGAGUGUGUCCGGGGCCGGAAAGCCAACCUGGAGGAGCUGCAGUUGGUUCACUCUGAGCGGCAUGUGCUCCUCUACGGCACCAACCCGCUCAGCCGCCUCAAACUGGACAACGGGAAGCUGGCAGGGCUCCUGGCACAGCGGAUGUUUGUGAUGCUGCCCUGUGGUGGGGUUGGGGUGGAUACUGACACCAUCUGGAACGAGCUGCAUUCUUCCAAUGCAGCCCGCUGGGCCGCUGGCAGUGUCACUGAACUCGCCUUCAAAGUGGCUUCCCGUGAGCUGAAGAAUGGUUUUGCUGUGGUGCGGCCCCCGGGACACCAUGCAGAUCAUUCCACAGCCAUGGGUUUCUGCUUCUUCAACUCUGUGGCCAUCGCCUGCCGGCAGCUGCAACAGCAGAGCAAGGCCAGCAAGAUCCUCAUUGUGGACUGGGAUGUUCACCAUGGCAACGGCACCCAGCAAACCUUCUACCAAGACCCCAGUGUGCUCUACAUCUCCCUGCAUCGCCAUGACGAUGGCAACUUCUUCCCAGGCAGCGGGGCUGUGGAUGAGGUAGGGGCUGGAAGCGGUGAGGGCUUCAAUGUCAAUGUGGCCUGGGCUGGCGGUCUGGACCCCCCCAUGGGGGAUCCUGAGUACCUGGCUGCCUUCAGGACAGUUGUCAUGCCCAUCGCCCGAGAGUUCUCUCCAGACCUGGUCCUAGUGUCAGCUGGGUUUGACGCUGCCGAGGGUCACCCAGCCCCGCUGGGUGGCUACCACGUUUCUGCCAAAUGUUUUGGGUACAUGACACAGCAGCUGAUGAACCUGGCAGGAGGUGCAGUGGUGCUGGCCUUGGAGGGCGGCCAUGACCUCACAGCCAUCUGUGAUGCCUCUGAGGCCUGUGUGGCUGCUUUGCUGGGCAACAAGGUGGAUCCCCUUUCAGAAGAAGGCUGGAAACAGAAACCCAACCUCAAUGCCAUCCGAUCCUUGGAAGCCGUGAUCCGGGCGCACAGUAAAUACUGGGGCUGCAUGCAGCGCCUGGCCUCCUGUCCAGACUCCUGGGUGCCCCGGGGGCCAGGGGCCGACGCAGAAGAAGUGGAGGCAGUGACCGCGCUGGCAUCCCUCUCUGUAGGCAUCCUGGCUGAAGACAGGUCCUCAGAGCAGCUGGUGGAGGAGGAGGAACCAAUGAAUCUCUAAGGCUUUGGAACCAUCUGUGCACCCACCCUGCCCUUCAGACCCGGUCCUCUUCUAAUCUCUGGCAACUGCCCCCCUUCCUGGGUCUUCAGAGAUCCUGAAGGCAGGUGGUCUGGGCCAGAGAACAGCCUGCCUGCCUUGACAGUCACCCCAGGGAGUCUGAGAGGGCCCCUGGGUCUAGGACAGGACCAGAGAGGACCCUGAGAGGAGUUUGGGCAGCCAGGCCCCAGCAGGGCUCUCUCAAGAACAGAUUCUACCCCUUUGGUGUCCCGGCCCCAAACGGUGGCCCACGUUCCUCAGGACUGCAUGGAGGAGGACUGGCUCGGUUGGGCCCACACUUAACCACUAUUUUUGGCUCUGCAGACCCCAGACUUUGCACACAGCCCCAGGCUCCACACAGAAAUGUGAACUUGGCCUCAGCCAGGGUGGCCCUUCCUAGGCUCUGUGGGCUGGAGGUAGGCAGGGAGCCAAGAGGUCCUGUAUCCCUGAAUGCAGGGGGGUCCCCUCCUCUCACCUGCUUCCUCGGAUGACUCUGGAAGCUUCCCUGCAACACUGGGCACUGAGACGAAGCUCCCCCUGAGAACAGUUGUCAGCAGACCUCCAUCUGGUCCCUGCCCCCCGCCGGAGGCCGCCCUGCAUUGACCAUCUCAGUGCCCUGGUGGGGCAGACAGGUGCUCUUGGAGUCCUGUGCUUCCUGAUCCAAUGGUGCCAAACCCUUCAUCUCCCCUCAGAAGCACAGCAUGACCCCCAGGGACCCCCCAGAUGCUGCCCACUCCAUGAGCCUUAUUUCUGGGGUCUCCCCCAGCUCUCACUCCUGUCCUACAUAGGACUAGCCUGGCUGUGGGGGAGGAGUGGGAGAGUGGACACAAGACGUGGGGAGGGGAGGCUUCCCUGGCAAAGUCUUCAAGGCUUUUGGGGUCCAGGCCUGGGGCCAAGAAGGAAAGCGUUUGUGUGUGAGCGUGUGCGAGUGGGGAGUGUACGUGUGCGUGUGCGUGUCUUCCCCAGGACCCACCAUACCCUGUGUAUGUAUGCAUGUUUUUGUAAAAAAGAAGGAAAAAAGGAAAAAAAAUGGAAAAAAUCUGAAUAAAUGUUUUAUUUGCUUUAAAAGUGCCUAUGAAA